GUGGAGCGAAGGGUCUCUCGUUGACGCAUGCGUUUUGGCAGGCGAUCGCCCCGCGCAGGUUGUAAGCCAUGGCACAAUCUGAGAAAAAAGGUGGAUUACUUCGGAAAUCUUCAUCUAGUAAGAAACCCUUGAAGGAGAAGGUGGUGUUAAUGUAUGAUGAGAUCUUCACAACAGAAGAUCCCAGUAAAUAUAACCCUCGGUUUUGGGAGGAGCUCUUCCUCAUGAAGGUGAAUUUGGAAUAUCUGGAAGGGAAGUUGGAAUCUCUGGAUGGUGAAGAGCUAAUGAAGAUAAAAGAUAACAUUAAUUGCUUGUUCCAGCGUUGCAUCUGGGCUUUAGGAGAAGAGCAUCCGAUCCGAGUGGUCAAUGCAUUACAGACACUAUGUGCACUGAUCCGUGGGGUCCAUCAGAAGAACAAAUCCACAUCUGGCUUUGAUAUCAUCAAUAUGCUGAUGGGCUUUGACAAAGCUGAACUGUGCAUGAAGAAUCUGAUGGAGAGUUUGGAUGCGUUACUUUGUGCAGAAGGCUCUGAAAGCCUCAAAAGUUUGUGCCUGAAACUAUUGCUUUGUUUGGUGACUGUGACGGAUAACAUCAGUCAGAACACAAUUCUGGAGUAUGUGAUGAUUAAUAGCAUUUUUGAAGCUAUCUUACAGAUCCUUUCCAAUCUUCCCAGUCGCAGGGAACAUGGUUAUGAGGCUGUUGUCUUGCUUGCAUUAUUAGUGAACUACAGAAAGUAUGAGGUGAGUGCUUGACAUGGAGUGUGAGGUUUUAAUCUGGUGGAGCUGUGA